UCUCCGGGGAAAACUGGCAGCUCUGGUGCUAGCAUGCAUUAGCACGUGCUAGACUUGCGUCAAUUUAAUUGUGAUAACAUUAGAUAAUAUGGCCGACCCGACGUUACAAACGUUUUGUUGUCAUCAUACAAACCGAACGGAUAGAACGAUAAUGAUCAUGCAAGAAUUUAAUACAGACGCAUAUAAUAUGGUGUGCAUGGUUUCAUCAACAAUGGGCAUGAUAGGCGCGAUUUAUCAGAUAUUACCUCGAGAAGACUCAAAUAUUUCUCAGCGUUGGAGAAGCAUUUCCAGAGGACGAGAUAUCAUUGUAUGGCUUGCUGUUGCUGAUCUCUUAGCAUCUUUAGGUGUGUUUGUGAGAUCGACAUUAUGGAAGAAUCUUAAGUCAAUCAUGCCAAUGGAAGGUGAUUUAUCAAGUGUUGUUUUCUGUGCUCUUUCUUCGGCAUGGAUCCAAUAUUUCUAUAUGGCCACUUGGAUAUGGACAUUGUGUUAUGCAGUAGACAUGAAACUACUGUUAGGUGACAAGAAUGGACAUUCUGUAUAUUAUCACAUCUUGGCCUGGGUACUUCCAGCCAUUCUCACUUCAUUCGGAUUGCUCAUUUUAUACAUUCCAGAUGCAAAUUGUCACAGUUUGACAUUAUCCAGUGCCAUAUUGCGUAUUCUUCCAAACUACUGCGCAACGUAUGUGCUGUUGGCAGUGGUGAUGAUUGCAAAUCCUAUUUUGUACAUCGCCUCAACUAAAGACGUUGAAACAGCAGUUCUGCACAGCAUGGCUCAAAUGACUGGAAGGGAGCGAAAGUUGAUACAAACAAUUAGACUAAAAUUUGCUCUCAUCAAUCUGGCCUACUACGUAUGCUGGUUACCCAAUCUAAUCAAUGGAAUAUUAUUGUGGACUUUGUGGUUUCAGUUGCCGAUUAAAGUAGUUAUUGCUCUGUGGUAUAUGAUGGCUGUGACAAAUCCUCUUCAAGCGUUCUUUAACGCAAUCGUUUAUCAACCAUGGACGAGGAGGGAGAAAUUUCGUUUUGAAUGUUGUCAAGAAUUUCAGUCAAGCAUCAAUUUAAAUGCAAUCAGAGAUAGAAGACUGCACUUCUCUGAGACGUCUCCAUUAUUGAAUCCAUGGACGAAAUACGCACAGAACAUACCACAUAUCAGUAUAAAUGGAUCUUCAUCUUUAUGAAAGCCUGUUUUACUGCCUUAGAAAAGUAAACAAGGUAAUUUAUGGCCUUUAAAAGCUAUCUUGGCUUUAAAAAGAAUCGUCUUGAUACGCAAAGUUAUUGAAAUAUUUACAUAUCAUAAAACCAAACUCUCGAUUGUGUCUAUUUUGUUCAGGCAUAUGUGACACUCUGAUAUCUUAGGAAAUAUAACGAUAUUUUAUAAAACAAUUUUCUGAUAAAUUUUUGGAAAA